UCCUCACCUCAAAUUAUAAUCCUGUUUCCAUCUUUCCAUCUACCUGCCAAUUUUCAUUCUACUGUUUGCUCUCCAAUGGUGCAACAGACAGUUCCUGCAGUAAUAACCUUAAUUUUCAUAAUGGUGAUCCUGCUAUCUUGCGCCAGUGGCACGGCAGCACGAAGCUGCCGCAACUGCGGCUUGAAUACUGUUCCGUACCCGUUAAGCACAGGACCCGGCUGUGGCCACCCGAUGUACAAUAUAAAGUGCGUAACAAGCAAGUUGUGGCUUGACGCUCUUGGUGGAUCAUCUUAUAUGAUCAAGUCCAUCAAUCCGAUAACCCGACGGAUCAUUAUACGACCUGCAAGCAUGGCGCCGAAGACGUGUGUGUCCACAGACCUCAGCAGCGAAGGCAUACGCUUGAACAAGAACCUUCCCUUUAAAAUCACCAGCAAUAACACCGUCUUUCUGUACAACUGUACGAACGCGAUGCAGAAAUCAAAACCGCCCAUGGACUGUUCACUGAAUGGCCUCUGUCAUAGCUACAUUAAGGACCAUGCAGAUUCCGGCGGAGCGUGCAUGAGCGUGGAGCUAUGUUGCAGCUUCAGGACUGGUAGGCCGUUCUCGGAGGACAUGGUGAGGGUGCAUGGAGGAGAGUGUGCUGCGUAUCAGAGUUUUGUAAAUCUCAAUGAGGCAAUGGCUCGGAAGCUGAAGAAAUGGCCGGAGCCGGGAAUAGAGCUGGAGUGGGUGAUACCGGAGGAGCCAGUUUGCAAGGGGCCGACGGAUUGCAAGGCGCUGUUGAACUCCACAUGUUUGAAGGAUCCGAUCAAUGCUCGGCAAAUGAAGUGCCUUUGCAAUGCUGGCUUCAAGUGGGACCCUGCCAAUGGUUUGUGUCAACUAAUCCAUGGUCGACCAAAAAGUAAGUGUCGAAAAAAAAAAAAAGAAACAGAAACCUGCUAAUCCGUGGGAGCAUCCUUGGGAGCAAUAGUAUUCAUUGCGCUGUUUGUGAGCAUUAUUCUGUACAAGCAGCAUGACAAAUCAAAGAGACAAGCCGAGAUGAAGUUAAGGAAGCAAAAGGAACGAAUCUUAAACGCGAAAGCCAACUGUGGGCUAUCAGCCAGGAUCUUCACAAUGAGAGAAAUAAAGAAGGCGUCCGACAACUUCUCCAAAGACAACCUCAUCAGCACCGGCGGCUUCGGAGAAGUCUUCAAAGGAACCUUCGACGACGGAACCGUCAUAGCCAUCAAACGAGCCAAGCUCAGCAACACCAAAGCCCUCGACCAAAUCCUGAACGAGGUUCGAAUCCUCUGCCAAGUCAACCACCGUAACCUCGUCCGCCUCCUGGGUUGUUGUGUCGAACUAGACUACCAACCCCUUCUAAUCUACGAAUACAUCCCCAACGGGACCCUCUUCGACCACCUCCACACGCACCGUUUUGAUCGUCCUCUCCACUGGCUCCACAGGCUCAAGAUCGCCCACCAAACAGCUCAAGCUCUAUAUUAUCUUCACUCUUCGGCGUUGCCUCCUAUAUACCACAGGGACGUGAAAUCAAGCAAUAUACUGUUGGACGAUAGGUUUGAUGCCAAAGUCUCAGACUUUGGGCUGUCUAGGCUUGUUGAGAUAGCUGAAGCGAACAAGAGCCAUAUCUUCACUAGUGCACAGGGGACCCUAGGGUAUCUCGACCCUGAGUAUUAUCGUAACUUUCAGCUUACUGAUAAAAGUGAUGUGUAUAGCUUCGGGGUGGUGUUGUUGGAGAUUCUCACACGUGAGAAGGCUAUUGAUUUUAACAGGAAAGAGGAGAAUGUGAACUUGGUGGUUUAUGGGAAGAAGAUGAUGAAGGAAGAGAGGCUUCUGGACAUGGUGGAUCCGGCGUUGAAGGAUGGAGCGACCAACUUGGAGUUGGAGACGAUGAAGUCUCUGGGGUUUCUUGCAGUGGCUUGCUUGGAAGAGCAGAGGCAGAAUCGACCUUCCAUGAAGGAAAUUUCCGAUGAGAUUGAGUACCUAAUUUGUAUUCUUACUAAUGACCUUCCCAAAACUUAAAUGUCCAAGUCCUUUUGCAGAGCUAGUUACGAAUUAAUUACUUUCACAAAACAAUUUGUAUAUUGUACUUUAAGAUGCUGGUUUUAAGUUUAAGUGGGUUAGGACAGGAUUGGUAGA